AUGGCUUCAAGUGCUGGCAUCAUCAUUGUGAAGUCGUGCAGCAAGCGUGUCCUUGAGGAGCGACACUGGCUAACUAAUGCCUAUGUUCUCUUUGCGGUCCCCUAUUUUGCCUAUGAUAUUUAUGCCAUGUACCUGUGUCACUGCUACAAGUAUAAGGUGAAGGGGCACGAGGUGGACACGGCCUCUCACCGCAGCAUGCUCAGCACCUACCUGCGGAAGGAGCUUCUCAUGAUUAUUCACCACACCGUCAUGUUCACUGUCUGCUUCCCUAUCUCCGUGUUCCUUCGGAAUGGGCGUGGAGAUUUCUUUGUGGGUUGUAUGUUUCUGGCAGAGGUCAGCACCCCCUUUGUCUGCUUGGGGAAGGUGUUAAUCCAGUACAGGCAGCAGCACACCUUCCUACACAAGGUCAAUGGGGUGAUGAUGCUGCUGAGCUUCUUUGCGUGUCGGAUCCUGCUUUUCCCUUACAUGUACUGGGUGUACGGCCAGGAGCUGGACCUGCCCCUGCACCGCGUGCCGCUGCAGCUCCCUGCCCACUGCAACCUGGGCGCCCUCCUCCUCAUGGCCCCCCAGCUCUACUGGUUCUCCCUCAUCUGCCGAGGGGCGUUCCGCCUCUUCCGGGG